ACGUGCAUCAUGACUAUAGGGCUGGGGUACGUGCAUCGGGGCAGUGUGGGGUAUGUACAUCAUGGCUGUAGGGCUGGGGUAUGUGCAUCAUGGCUAUAGGGCUGGGGUACGUGCGUGGGGCACACUAUGUGGCUGGGGCACAUGCACAGAGGAGCAAUAUAGGGCUGGAGCGGGUGCAUUUGGCUGGGGGGGUGUAGGCAUGGCGGCACGGUGCAGGGUAGGGUGGAAGCAGAGCAUGUGCAGGGGGGCUGUAUAGUGUGAGUAUAUGCUAUAUAUGCUAUAGCACGUACAGAGGGAUACAGGGGCGUGGGCAGAAGUUUCCUGCCUCCCUGGUUAAUCCUGCUGGCUCAGGCAGCCCUGGCUCCCUGUGCAUAGAGUCAUUCCUGUGUGUAAGGCUCUGCCCUGCUAAUUCUGGUUUAAGAUCCUGACGCUAAUCCUGGCUGUGCUAUCCGAUCACCCCCUGGGUCCUCUGCCUUGUUUCUUCGUCAGCUGUUUCCUCUAAUUCCCUGUCCCUCCUGCACCGAGACUCUGCUCAUUUUCUGACUGUUCCUCUCUUUUCUUUAUUAGUUAUGAUACUUGUAGAACUUUUUUCUUGCCCAUUGGCAUUUAGCAGCGCUGGCUCUCCUUGACGAUAAAUACUUUGCGGGGGGAGGGAGGCUUUUCCUUAAAGCCCCGACUUUCAGACCUGAUUAUAUGACCCUGCCAUUGUUUUAACAACACGGUUUUAUUAUUGCAAGGGCAGAAGCUUGAAUGGCCCAAAACCUGCGAAGAAAUUAAAAUAAAGCAUCCCUGUAUUUUGUCUGGUGAACCUGCUAAUUAAAUAUCCAUCGCAUCAUCUUCCCAGUAUUCUUGGAGUUUGUGCUCACAAAUAAACUGCCUGUGGCCAUGCGCGCUUUUAAUUUAGCAUCGCCAUUCCCAAAUAAUCCCUUCAUCUUCUAAUAGAUCUGCUUAUUCCCUUUCCCCUCCUGCAGCACGGGGCUGGGGAGGAGGAGCCUGGUCCCCUCCCAGCUCUCCCCAACCGACGCCAUGGCAGAUUUCCCUGCUGACCCUGAGUUCCCAGCAACAACCAGACACUCUGAGAUGACGCCAGUUUACUUCAUCCCCAUAUACAGAUGCUACUAAUUUUGCUUCUUCCCCCCCCUUUUUUUUUUUAGAUGAUUUGGGCUGAAAACAAGAGACUGAGCAAGGCAACGGAUGCGGUGGAGAAAAGGGGGCCAUAUAUCAUGAGCAAGCCUCCCUCCGUUCAUGCCAAGCUGCAGAGGCAGGGGGAGCUGGCAAAGGCAGCGCUGCGAAGGCAGGGGCUGCUGGGGGGACCCGCACCGCACCAGCUGAAGCCGGCGGCUAAAAGCAGGUCGGUGAAAUUUAACAAGGGCUACAUGGCACUCAGCCAGACAGCGGAUGAAAACCUGGUCUCCCUUGAUUCGGACAGUGACAGGGAGCUGGGAUCCAGAUGUUCCUCAGGCUACUCCUCUGCCGAGCAGGUGAACCAGGACCUGAGCCGGCAGCUGCUGCAGGAUGGGUACCACCUUGACGAGGUCCCCGAUGAUGAAGAUCUGGAUCUCAUCCCCCCAAAACCCAUCGCCUCCUCUUCUUUCCCCUGUUGUUUUGGAGAAAAUCUCUCCUGCGUGAUCCAGUAGACGCUGCUUAGCCGGGGCCAUGCAAGAACAGGUCAAAAGCCAGCACUUUCUUUGUCCCAUGGGAUGGCUGUUGGUGUCAGUGUCCCAUGCUGGGAUGGUGACACAAGGACUGAAUGAUGCUGCAAUGCCGCUUGUGGAGAGCGGCAGCAGCCAGCCAACCCCAAAGACUUUUCCUUACGCUCACGCUCAGUGAUACUGGGGAGAAGUGGCAUGGUGAUGUUUAGGUGGCUGGAUGGGGCCUGUUGCCUGGCCGGGGUGGGGAGGGAGGAGAGGCAGAGCCGGGGCACCUCCAUGGGGGUAUAAAGGGAAGGAAUUGGGACGCGCAGCAGCUCUUCGGUUUGCCCGACCUCCUCUUUUCCUCUUUUAAUUUGCCAUGUUGAGGAUUAGGAGCUGGCCCUGGCCCUGGCCCCAGCCCUCCCUAAUGAAGAGGCGGUCGAUGGUGGGGUCGAAUUGCAAUGGCGUGGGACUGGACCAGGAAGCCCCAAGACCCCUUUUCUAUUUAUUUUUGCUUUAGUCACCCCUCCUCCCCAGCAGGCUGAGGCCAAGCCAGCGAGGUUGGGGUUGGCUGCCAGAGAACUGCUUCAUUUACCUAUCUCGUGCUGCUUGCAAUUAAUUGCUGCCGGGUUGCCUCCUCCCAAAGCCUGGGCUGACCUGAACCAAAGAUUGCUGCUCUGGCGGAGAAGAUAAGAUGGGGAGAAACCCAAUGGAGCAGCUUGGGGCAGGCUGCUGAGCUUUAGGCAUCCGCAUUUGUUAUAUCCACCAGCAGCUACCACUCAGGAUGGGACCUCCCCGCUUUCCGCCUCUCGAGGGACGCGUUCAAGUCCAUGGGUUCUGGGUUCAGAGCUGAUGGCUUGUUCCAGUUCUCCCCAAAGCCGCUUUGACACGGGCGAGGGGCGGCACAGAGCCCCUGUGCCAGCUCUGCGCACGUCCCUUGGGGUGCAGAUUUGGGGGGGGCUGGGGAGUCUACCCCCUGUGAACCUUAAAAGCUGCCUUAAGUCAUGGUCCUGCUGUACUAGAGGACAAUCAGCAUCUCAUAAAGAAACCUUAUUUAAAUAUUUGAUGUCUAGAGACCUGAACUGUUGUUUGUGGUUUUGUUUUGGGGUUU